AUGGCACCGACUGUUUAUCUAUCGGAACUACCAAUUAUAAGAACACCAACGAUUCCGUGUUCACGACGAAGGCAGAGGGCUCUUAACGGGGCUAUAGUAAAGCAGCAAAGGCUAGAAUUUAGACGAUUAGAAACGAAUGCGCCUUCUGUCGAUGAUGCGACUCUCACACCACCUCAAAGUCCUUUUUGGGAGCCAGAGAGCCCCAAUGAUUCCUGUGCACCAAUUAUUGUUAGUUCUUCCGCCCCGAACGUUUCCGCUCGAGUUCCAGCGGAUAUACAGGAACAUUGGAAGGUGUUCCUAGCAAGACGGAAA